UAUGCACAACAGAAACUAGAUUCCACGAUGAAGUUUACUUUUCUUCACACAAUAGACAAGGCCUAUGCAGGAAUAGCCAUUGUCAUGUCAACAUUAUCCAUCUUGUCUUGUGUCAUUAUUAUUGCUGUCCUUACAUCUUGUAAAUCACUGCGUACUAAUGGACGAACUUUGUUAAUUUGUCUGACAGUGGCUAACUUUGUGUCAUGUGUUGGCAGUAUUGUGGCCGCGGGGGUAUCGGUGUUCACACCAGAACUAACAUGGAGUAAUUUCCCCGUCUGUGCUGCUGCUAGCGCAAUCUCUAUAGUGUCUAAUGUUUGUGCCUAUCUGUGGACAUGUGCUAUAAGUCUAUAUGUUUACCUGUGCAUCAGCUGGAAGAAAGAAACUCUUGCCGAUAAACUAAGAGGGGUUUUCCAUCUAGUUUGCUGGGGCUUCCCAGUCGCUGUAAUGGUAAUAGCCACUGCCUCAGACGUGAUAGGGUUUAACUUUGGUAAGGCAAAGGUUGAGCGUCGACCACCAUGGUGUUGGAUAGACCGUGAGACAGAGAAAUUUGAGAUGUGGGAACUGGUUACAGGAUUGGGAUGGAGGAUAGCUACCAUUGUUAUAUGCACUGCACUUUACAGUUUUGUACAGUUCUCGCUUUCAGUCCAGCAGGGAAAACCAGAUGAAGAACAAAUGAAUGAGUUUGAGGAAGUCUUGACACUCAGAACACAGAAAGCAAACCGUAAAUUAAGACAUAUUCCGUUGAUUUUUGUUGUACUUAAUGCAUGGGGUGCCUGGCAAGAAAUGGCGUCUGCUCUAUCAACGACGGCUAGUUGGCUUGUAUUAAUGCAGGUUAUAGGAGACCACUCUCAGGCUUUCGUCAAUGUCAUUUUGUUGUGCUUCCUGUCAAAAGAUGUCCGUACAAAACUGACCAUAAAAUGUCAGAGUAUCAGACAUUUGUUUUCAAAGAAAACAUCAGGACUUCGACCAUUGGAAUUAGAAGAACUCAGAUCAGAUAGCAAUCAAUUAAUGGAGGAAAUUGAACUUAAUGAAGAAAAUGAUCAGGUCCAAGGUUGACAAAACAUCAGAAGAGCUAUCUUUUCAUCCAAUGAAAACAGGCUGAUAAUAUUCUGACAUUUUCAUUGUACACAGUCCAGAAUAUGCAUAACGUGUUUUGCACUGGACAUUUAAAUAAGCAAACAACAACCAACAAAUUAACCAAUCAUUGUACUCUACAAAUUGAUAUACUAAGUACAAUAUGCAAUAUAUGCAAGAUGAUUUUCAAAGAUGCCAUAAUACUUCUGUAAAUAAAUUACAAUCUUACAAUAUAAU